AUGGCCGACUCCCCACCACCCCCCUCCUUCUCCGACUGGCCCACCACCCUGACACCGCUCCCCCUCGCCUCCCUCAGCCCUACCAGUAGCAGCACCACCACCACCACCUCCUCCUCCUCCACCUACAUCACAGCCGUCGUUACACUAAUAUGGCCCUUCUCCUCGUCCAGCCGCACGCUCUCCAUCGUAGCCUCCGAGCAAAACCCCAUCCUCCGCCUCUCAAAGGGCCAGCUCCGCGUCAACUUCCACGGCCCCGCCGCGAUCGGCGUCGACGCGCACGGCCUGCAGAGCGGCGACCACGUGUGCAUCUCGCUUGACGGCGCACACUGGGAGGAAUUGGCCAGCGCGAGCUCGAGGGACGUGCCGUGGGCGGUGAGCUUCGAGAAGAAGCUCACGAUGAAGGUUAAAUCGGGCGAUACAUGGAAUAGCAUCAAUAUCGAUGCCGAUGCCGAUGCCGACGCCGACGCUGACCCGGGGCCGGAACCGGAGCUGUCGCCGGCAGUGGUGGAGGAGUCGUCGUACUCGCCUUCUACGGCGCACCCGGCGACACCUCCGGUGCGGCCGGCGCAGUUCGGUGGGGGCGAGUGGGUGACCCCGGGUCUGUUUAAGCGCCGCCUACCCUCCUCUCCCGACAGGGAGCCCGCGAACGUGUUUGCAAUUGGCGAACAGGGUUUAUUUGGCGGGGUAGACGAGUACGACCUUGGCCAUCGGAAGAAGCGUGCCCGAUUCAGCAACUCGUAUCGCUUUGAGGAGGACGGCGACGCAGCUGCGGUCGAGAGCGACGGGACACUAGAGGAGGCGCUCAUGAACGGCAUGGCGGGGGAGGACAUGGUAAUUGAGCGCCCCGAGCAUCCAAAUCAUGUAGAUAUGCCACCGCCGCCGCCGCCGCCACAAUUGGCUCUCAAUACAAAUUUUGACGUGGGGGACACGCCGGAUUCACCAGAUCUCAAGCCGGUGCCAAGUGAGCAGCUGCCGAUCAUUUCCCCAUUCCUCGGGAGAGGCCUGGCCGGCUUUGACUACAUGGACUACAACGCGCGCGCGCAAGACACAGAAGGCGCCGGCGAAGCUGCAGGCGCGGAAAACAUAUCGCAAGGCUCUACGGGUAGCUCUACACUACGAAACGACUCACUCGACGACUUCUCCAGCGCGCCCGAGGUCGUCAUCGUCCCCGUCGCCGAAGACGACCACGACAGCUCCACAAACCCGCCCACAAACCCCAGCAAGCUCAGCGGCACAAAGCCAUCGACCACCCCCGGGCCCUCGGACGCACAGAAGCUCGCGGACCAGCGCCGCGGCAGCGUCAGCGAGGACGACCGCUUCCCCAGCGACUACGAGUCCGAGAAGGACAGCCUCUUUGACGAGUUCAGCGACAACGAGCUACGACGGCGCACCACAAAGUCGCGCACGCUCGGAAGGUCGCCGCUCAAGAGCGUCGAGUCGCUGAAGCCGCGGCGGGCGACGCCGCUGCGCUCAAAGCUGACGCUGGAGACGAGCGUGGCCUCCACCACCCCCGAGGUUGCGGUCAAGGAGGAGGGGGGGGACCAGCCGAAGACGCCGUUCCUGUAUCUGCCGACGCCGAGCCCGAAGACGGAGAAGAGGGGCAUACAGUUCCCGCCGACGUCAGCGCCGCCGAAGUUUAUGAGCCAGGAGUAUGAGAGCGUGCUCGGCGGCGAUAUCAGCAGUCCCAUACGGCGGCGGAGCAGCUUCUGGGGAAUGAGGGAGGAGCCGGUGCCGAGUGAGAUUGAUGCGUACUUUGGCAGGCCGAAGAGGGGCGUGGAGGUGCCGAGGGAGGUGGAAAGCGCGAGCGGGACGGAUGAGGGCUUCUCGGGCUUCUCGACGCCGAUGGAGGGGGAGGACGACGACGACGACGAUGAAGAGGACGACGAUGACGAGGAGGAGGAUGAAGAAGAGGAGGAGGACGAGGAAGAGACAUUCGGCAUUGAGCUAGGCUUCCGGAGCGGCGUCACAACAAACCUAUCCGACUUCCCCGCCCUCAGCUCCCUAACAUGGGGCGCCGUCGUCGACCUCAUCGCCGUCGUAACACGCUCAUGGCCCAUCGGCCGCGCUUCGCGCGGCCAGAAGGACUACUACAUCUCUAUGCGCGUCGUGGACUCCUCCUUCCCCGCCGGCAUGACGGCCACCGUGCUGCGGCCGCACAAGGAGGCCCUGCCCGCCGUGCAGCUUGGCGACGUGGUGCUCCUGCGCUCUUUCAAGAUCACAACCCACAAGCACGACUUUGUUGCGACCUCGACACCCAACAGCGCAUGGGCCGUGUGGCGCGAACAUGGCAAGGGGCGGCCGGCGAUCACGGGGCCGCCCGUGGAGUACGGCGAGGGCGAGGAGGCGUAUGUGGCGGCGAUUGCGCAGUGGUUUGAGGGGCUGGAUGCGGAGAAGAGGGAGCGGAUGGUGAGGAGCAGUGGCGGCGGUGAGGAUGUGGAGGCGGAGUUUGAUCUGUAG